GAUGAAAGUUUAUCGUCACAACAUGCCGUGAUUGAUUUCAAUCCAAUUUCAAGAACUUAUUGGCUGAAAGAUUGCGGUACUGUGGCUGGUACAUACCUGAACAGUGAAGCGGUUGUUAAGAAAACCCAAAUAAAAAGCGGUGAUGUGAUCAGAUUCGGUUAUGGAGCCGAAUUCGUCUUUGAGAUCAACACUAACACGUAUCCAUUGCUAGUUAAAGUAUAUAGCUUGAUUGCCUUGCUGAUUGAUCUCUUCUCACUGUCCCUAUCUUAA